GGUCGCGCAGCGCUGCAGGAGAUGCACAUGGCGGAGAUUAAAGAAGAGGAGAAAGGAGAGGAAGUCAGCUUGAAGAUAGCAAACCACAGAGACUGUCAAGAAGUGAUGAAGGCGGUGUCAAGGUGCACAGACUGAAAGACGCCUCGGAAACGACAGCAAGGUCUGUGAGAACGAUGAAGAUUUUGGCUCGGUUCGUGAUGCUUGCUGCAGCUGGAUGAGAAGGGGAAGCCCUGGCCUGAGUCGGACCUGCAGAAAUUGCAGAAGCGAGACCACCCACCGCCUGAUUCUCACCUCAAAAACUAUAAUCCCGUCUACUUUCAAGGGGAAGAAGUACCGUACGUUACAGGGCGUGUGAGUGUCAGCCAAAGAGGAAGCAGCUCUGGCUGUUUUGUUUAACAAAUUAAUGAUGUUUUCGGAGGAAGAUUUCUCAUUUGAGCUGGAUGUGACCGAGCGAAGAGAUCAUGAGGCUUGAGCACCGCUGGGUUGUCCUGAUUUGGUCCAUUUGGACCGUCCAGUUCCUCACCACUGAGGCUGACGAUGACGACUGCACAACAGAUCUAAAAGUUCGUCGGAACACGAUUUAUAAAGCGUCUCUGGGACAAGAACUCAGGAUUGAAUGUCCAGUUGUGUUCUGCAACAAUUUACCACCAACAAUCUGCUGGUAUAAAGUUAAGGAACAAGAUAUUUGUCUCAAUGACAACAAUAGCAAUCACAUCAAGACAGAAUGGAAAAUGUCAAAUCCGUCAGAAGGGAUAUUCUACUUGUUAUUUCAAAGCAUCAUCAUCAGUGAUUCAGGUGAAUAUCAGUGUGAAGGUGGAGGCAGUAGGAGUCACAUCAUCUACAUCAAUGUUUAUGAUAUGGACACAAACGACACACGUAAACCAAUAACCAAUGACACAAACGACAAACCCGAAAGUGAUCCAGCAGAUACAUUUUUGAUGUAUAUGUACUCUGCUGCUGGGAUUGGUUCCUUUGUCAUCAUAGUGAUUAUUAUUUCUGUGAUAUGCAUGGUAGGGUGUAAAGGGAAGUCAAAGAAAGAGAAACAAAAAGAAAAUCAGUACAUGGAGAUGCCGUUGGCUGAGCGAGUCGUCCCAAACACCACCGGGAUCCAGCACUCACCAAGAGGAAGCCCCAACCCGCUGCCACCCCGCAGGCCCAGCGGGAGAAAAACCACAGGGCAACCUGCGGAGCUGACGCCAUCGAGAGACAACCAGCCGCCUUACGGCCAGAGGACACGAGACAGAAACAGGAAUGGGGCGCAGGCGGAGGAAGCAGGUUCUGUUGUGUAUGCUGCUCUCAACCAUGUACCCCCACAGAGGGAAGCUCCCCAGCCACAGAGGCAGAUAGAGGAGACAGAGUAUGCAGCUAUACGUUUGGUUUGAAGACUGAGAGUCUGCUGGAAUAAAUCACACUAGAGGAAUGAAGUUUGAAUCUGGAUCUUCCUCUCCAGAGGAGCACAGGAUGGAUUCCUCACAGCAAGGAUUCUGGAAUCAAACUCAAAUCAUGACUUCCUUUACCUUUCGGAAACACCGAUCUUACAACAGAACAUGCUGACGGAUUUGCUUAAGCAUAAUACGACAUCGGCAUCACAAACUGGAUGUUUGGUUUCUACUGUUCUGUUUGGGAUGGAAAAUGUUCCAGCUGAAAUCAAGAACAUCAGCGUCACUGCAGGCGGUAGCCUGCGGAGUAAAAAGCACGUUUCACAUCCUUCAUAAGUAAAACCAAAAGGAAAUGAACCAUGUAACUUUUUUUAUGAUUGUUUACCAAAAGGAAUUCAACAUUUGUCUAAUUUUCUUCAAUCUGCACUUUGUUUAAAGACCCUUUUCCUGGCCUUGGUGCUUUACAAGAAGUAAACCACAAUGGCUAAAUGAGAUGAAUAAGUAGGUUAUCCCACCUCUUCAGGCUCCAGAACACGAUACAGAAAUCAGUCAGCGCUUCCUCACCAACUCAGUGCACAGAAAAUGUCUAAACAACCACAAUAGAGCUGAUGGAGCUAGCAAACCCAAACCGCUUAGCUAAAUACACGCUAGCUAGUUGGUACCACAGCAUAAUAAAGAGCUAAAAGAGACUAAACCCUUAUUUUGUAACCAUGUCUAAUUUGCUUAAAGACAAUUUUAUUAUCUUUUUGUCUUCCUCCACCAGUGGCUUAAGACCUAAAAAAGUAAGCUAUUCUCUGUAGUUAGCGUGUAGCAAACACAAAGCUAAAAGAAACCAAACACCAAAAAGUUACCAUAUUAUUAGUUGUGUUUCAAGAAUAGCCAUAGGUCGUCAUAUUUUACUUUCUUAAACUGGAAAUGUUGAGUCACACACGAGCUAGAAGACACGUUUGAAAUAAUUGAUAUUCAGCAGCUAGCUUGAAUGAGAACUAGAAAAAACAUAUUGAUUUGGCUAAUUAUAUCAGGCAUUUAGAUAAAAGUAAAUAUGUAGCAUGUCAAUGCAUUAGGUGCUGGUCAAAAUGACCAAAAUGAUCAAAAUGACCGAAAUGGUUUGAAAAGAUUUGUCUACCACAGGAUUAUGUUAUUUCUAUUAGUAAUCUAAUACUACAGUUUAAACUCAAAAUGGUUUGUAGCCCAACAUAUUUAACCAACAUGCUUGUUCAAUUUAUGAAAAAGGUUAGAGAAUUAAACUGAUAAACAUUGGUAAAGUACAUGAGUGCAAAAUUGUGGAAGUAGGCAGGAAUAAAAUGCAAAUUAAGGACAUAGAUUCACAAAAUGGUGAGCUGAUCUGGAAACUUUUUAACUGGCAAAAUCAUAAUUGUAAUAUUCAGUUUACAAACUUUCCUACAGAAACAUCAAAUUCGUAUUUUCUUCUUCAAAUUCGUCUUCAUUCACUGUAUGUUUUUUUUGCUCUGCUACGAGGUACAAGUACAGCCGUUAUUUGGACUCUUUCCUCAAAUAUGAAACUUAGUUUUUUUGUGUGACAAACAAGCAGUGAUUCAGAUCUUUGACAAUAAUGAAUGCAAUUACAGUCUACAAACUGAGCAUGUAAACUACAAUGUGUGAUAUACACAUGGGAAGCAAAAAAAACAAACUGUUGUUCUUUUGAAUGCUUUGCACGUAUUCGAGUAAAUACUGAUUUCAUUGCAUGUACAUGACUUGAAAUCACUAUUUGGAAGAAUUUCAGUCAUUUCUGGUACUGUAGCCUCGGACGGUAUUAGAUGAGUCAUUUUCUAACUUUCACUGUGACUGAAAAUUUUAUUCUGAUUACUGAUUGUGAUUCUUUGAAAAGAUAGAAUGUAAUCCUAAUCACUGUGUGCAAUGAAAUAAUGUCUAUCUAAAAAAAAAUCUGUAUUUAAUCUUGUGGAUUUGACUCUUUUUUUGUGGUAAUUAUGAGUAUUUCCCUAGAAAAAAAUUCACAACGCAGAUUAACUGAAGUUAAAUGAAAUGUGUGGAGAAAAAGAAAUCUCUUCCUGUAAUGACAUCAAAGCUUGUAGAUUCACAUUUACUGGAGGAACCGUCUACCCAAAGACCCCCGUAAUCAAAAACAGGAAGUAAAACCAACCGCAUGCGACUUUCUGUAAAAUUCAGAACGCAGUCAAGUUUCACUGAAGUGGAUCAUUUCUCAGGUGCUCGACAUGAAACCUUACAGCUAUAAAGUCCUUUUUUAUGUCUUGAUCCUAGUGGUACUCGGUGGCACUCAGGAUGAUAACAAGAAGCCGACCAGUCUGGACAUGUUCAAACAUUACAUGUUCCGCAUUUUGGUCAUUAAGAUUUUUGUCACCGUCGUCAUACUUAUCUUUGUGAAAUUUCGUCCUGCGAUUGAAGAAAAAGGCCAGACAAGAGAUGAUUAUGGCUCUUUGUCUUCCCAUCACAUCUAUGAAAAUGAACAGCUUCUUCAUAGAUGAGUAGAUAAACAUCUACUCAUGUUUGCCCUGAGUGGAGCUUUUAUAGAACAGCUUCUUGCUUUUGUGAUCUUGAACUACUGUAAGCCAAACUGCAAAGAAGUGAAAAUGAAACUGUGAGGCAGCUUUUGUUUACUGUACAAAGAAUAGUGAGACAGAGGACAGGUAAUAGUCAUGUUUCCUGUACAGGUAACACAUCUGCACACAUCCUGUAUAAAGUUUACGUUCACAACAGACUGUCUAGACUACAGAGUACUGUGUUCUCGUCUUCCUUUCUUUUAUUUAUUUAUGAUUAAAUAAGCUUUUCUUCUUGGGUAAAUGUAUUUUAUGAAAGGAAACUAAUUUUACCCAUCAUGACUGUUUUCAUUCUACCCAAAGUAUUAGUUGUACAUUCUGAAAAAUUUGAAAUAGGCAGCCAUAUCAUGACUUAUCAUUUGUAUUUGUGUUCCGCAAAGAAUUAUUCACGAUUAGAGUCUCAGAUUGACAUAAUCUGUUUGUUUUUGUGAAUAAAUUUGAUUAAUCUUAUAUAUAAA